AUGCCACCGUCACCGUCAGACCGGAGCAGCGACUCGUCCGGCGGGGACUUGAUAUACACGCCUGCUGGGACCGAGUCACCUUUACCUCAGCAUCCCUUUUCUCGAGCCUCCGUGCGUCCUGCGAGCCCCUUGCGGUUGACGUCGCUCCCCAAGCCCAUCAAGGAAGAAUUUCGUGCAGACCGCCAGUACGGCAAAGGGGUGCACUUUGAAUCCGAUGCCGAACCCGAAGAAGACGGUGAAGACGACGACGAACAAAUGGCAGGACGGACAAGCAUGCACCGGCCCACGGGACCCGAGUCGCACGAACCCUUGUUAGGAGAAGACAAACAGUCGUUAAGAGGCAGGCCCGCGAGUCCCCAUGAAGCCGGCUCAGCACGACUGCCGCCCUCGCGGCGGAGCACGUUCCGCUCGCGGUCGCCCUCAUACACGCACUCGGAGGACAUGGUGCGGCGAAAAUACGUCUACGCCUCGUUCUUCCUCGUGCUGUCGCUCGUGUCGUUUGUCGUCCAGACCGAGACGGCCGUCUACAUCCAGCACGAACUGGGUUGGAACAAGGCCUACUGCAUGAUGUACCUGACGCACGGGUCGUGGAUCUUCCUGUGGCCCAUCCAGCUCGUCUUCCUGCGCAUCCAGAAACGCAAGCUCUCGUGGCCGGCCUUCUGGCGCAGGCACGUCUACCUGGUCCGCAGCACGGCGCAGAUGGUGCGCUCGCAGGAACUGCACCAACACCUGUCCAAGUCCCAGACCAUGACCUCGCCGUGGCCAUACAUGAUCAAGACCACCGCCUUCAUCACCACCUUUCUCACCAUGGCCGGCGGUUCGUGGUACGUGGCCGUCAACCUGACCUCCCCGUCCGACCUGACGGCCAUCUACAACUGCUCCGCCUUCUUCGCGUACGUGUUCAGCAUCAUGCUCCUGAACGACAAGCUCCGCUUCGACAAAGCCCUCUCGGUGGGCCUGGCCAUCAUCGGCGUCCUGGUCGUCGCGUACGGCGACAAGGACGACAGCACGCCCGGGCCGGGCAAAUCCAACCCGGGCGCCGAAAAGGGCUUCGGCACCAAACUCGUAGGAAACAUCGUCAUCGGGAUUGGGUCCGUGGCCUACGGCUUCUACGAGGUGCUGUACAAGAAAUUCGCAUGCCCGCCCGAGGGCACCAGUCCCGGACGGGGCAUGAUCUUUGCAAACUCCUUCGGCAGCAUGGUCGGCCUGUUCACGCUGACCGUGCUCUGGAUCCCGAUUCCCAUUUUGCACUGGACGGGGCUCGAGACGUUCGAAUUCCCCAGGGGCCAGGCGGCCUGGCUUCUCUCCAUUAGCACGCUUUCCAACGCCAUCUUCUCCGGCAGCUUCCUCGUCCUCAUGUCGCUCACGUCGCCUGUCCUGUCGUCCGUCGCGGCUCUGCUGACCAUUUUCCUCGUCGGCAUUACCGACUGGAUCAUCACGGGCAAACCGUUGAGCGCGGCCGCCUUGUCCGGGUGCGGCCUCAUCAUCGUGGCCUUUGUCAUGUUGAGCUGGGCCACGUAUCGGGAAAUGAAAAUGGACGAGGCAAAGCGCGAGGGCGAGGAGGAUAAAGUCUUUGACGAUGACGAUGAAGACGAGAUGCCUGACGAUGAAGGGGCCAGCGCGCGUCGAAGAGACAGUUGA